AUGUAAGUUAAAUUAAGUUUAAUUUUAAUUCUUCUUCUAUUUACUAAUAGCACUUAUGCUCUUAGUAAAUGCUAAUGCACUGUAGAUUCUUCUUCUUUUCCAGGUUCUAGUGCUAUUACACCCACAUCACUCACUUUAUCGACAGAUAACGAAAUUGUUGGAAAUACAGAUGUAGGAAAACUUAUUGCUGUAGGCUCUAUUCAAGUACUUCAAUAAAUUUUCUAAGUUUAAAAGUAAUCUAGUGGAGGACUUAAUCACAAUUGCCCUUCUGGAUAUCUCCCUCUUACUAAAGAUGAUAUCACUGCUAUAAUUGGAAGAUCUGAUGUAAGCUCUUUAGUUGGAUCAACAUACUUAAAUCUUGAUUUCACAAAAAAUACCUACUAUACUUCUACUAAGGUUAAUGCCACAGCUACAAAUGGUAGUGAUAACAACUCAUACGUCUACUUUACUGUAUCUAUAGAUAAAAAUAAUAAAUUUAUUAUUGGUAAUUAAAGCACAUACUGGGACUCCAAAGUAAAAUCUACUAUUUGCAAAAGAAACUUGUAGUCGUUUUCUGUUUCUCUAAAUGGAUAUGAAGGUUUCGAUUUAGAAAAAGGAAGAUCCUACUAAAUGCAAAUUACUAAUAAAAAUGUUUAGCAAUAUUACAUUUAUGAUAAUAAUGGAAACAAAUUUACCUCAUAAACCUUCACUUAUACUCAUAAUGGAGAUUCUUAAUGGGGAUGCGCUACACUAAACUUCAAACUCUAACUUUUUGGAGGAGUUAUAGUUGGUGAUUGUCUUGCAAUUUGGACUUAAAAUUAGAUUGCUUUUAAUGCUGAUUCUAGUAACUUCAAUAUGAAUUCUAUCAAAACUACUGCCUUGUCAGGGUUCAAAGCAAAUGUAAACAAUGGAUUCUUUUUUAGUCCUGGUUCAGCACCUAUAGCUCCAAUUAUUGGUGAUUCGAGUUCGUUUUAUGUAUAUUACUCAGUAUAGACAUCAAACUAAUUGAUGGUUUAGAAAGUUUCAAGCACAGGUACUCCGAUUGGAGCUGCUAUCGAUACUAAAUAAGUUGGUAAACCUUUCGAUAUAGUCUCUACCGGAUUUGGUUUUGUAGUAAUGGCUGCAGAUUCAACUUAAAGAGCUUUCAUAUAAGCCAUAAAUAAAGAUGGAACUCAAAGAUGGUUCAGAAUACUAAUUAACAAUGGUGAUAAACCAGACAGCCCAAAAGAUUAGAUUGAAUUUUUCUCAAGUGAUAAAUGUGAAUUACCUUUUGGAAUGACAUGCAUGUAUAAUCCUCAUAAUGGUAGACUUAACUAUGCAAGAGGAAAAAUUUAAGCAAUUUGGGCACAUUAUAAUCACUUUGGAUUUAAAGAUGAUGGUAGCAGAAACGAUCACACUGGAGAUACAAUGAUCAGCUUAGAUGCCGAUACAGGAUAUAAUUAGAAUAUCUUUUGGAGCUGGGGAACUUCUCACUCUUUAUAUUAAAAUUUACACUAUGAUGGAAAAAAUCUUUAUAUAGCUUCACUUGGUGAUGCUUAUCCUAUGAAUAUUAACUUUAAAGUUUGUAAUAUUGAUACUUUUACAUGUAAGGGAAGCAGUACUAUAGUAUAAGGAGAUAUCCCUGGUAACGGUGGCGGCUCCUCAUCAGGAAGAAUUGGUGGUUUCUUUAGUAUCGUAGGAAAUAGGAAUCAAAAACUAUUUAUCUAUUAGAGAAAGGCAAGCAAUGGAGGGUAUAGCGGAUCUGUCUCUACAAAUACAGUAAAUGAACUAGCUGUACUUAAAUUUGAUUCCUAAUUGAACUAUAUUUCAACUACAACUCUUUUGAGUGGUGAUGCAGCUUCUAGAGUGAACAGUAUAAAAUCUGUAGCGUAUGGUAAAAAUAUUUUACUUGCAUACACAGUUAUUCCUGCUUCUGAAAUUUCAAAUUUUAAUCGUUAAAGCAGCAAUUACAAAGUAGAUUAAGCUUUUGUUGCAUUAUUAAGUGGUGUUGAUGGUUCAUUUUUAGCAUAGCCAACAUAACUGUCUUCCUUCCAAAUAAAUUCUUCAGAUGACUGGAGGAUACUUGAAAAUGGAACCAUCGUCUAUACAUAUAUAGACAAUAGUAACUCUCUUAAUAUUUACUACACUUCUCCAUUAACAACACCUAGUUAUCCAAGUCCUAUCUUACCAGCUGAUAGUAUUUAUGGGUAUGGUAGUUUUACAAAUUCUUAACCAAAAGCUUCAUUAAAUAACUACAAUAAAGUUUGUGUUAAGUAAGGUGAUUCAAACUGGAGUAUUGUAGACUAUUAGGACUCGUCAAGCAGUAACGGAAAUACUCCAUGCAGUACUGCUAGUGGCUAAAACAAUGAAUGUAAUAAAAUCACAUAUGAUAAUAUUAUUCACAGCAUGAUAUUGUCUAUAAUUAUAUUGACAUUGUUUUUAUGA